CCGCGCAGUGUGCGCGCGAGGUGUCUUCAGGGCUGCGGAGUGUCAGGUCUGUUUACCUGAGUUGUCGCGGCGGGGUCCCCAAACGGCUGGCCGCAGAGACCUGGGCCCGACGCCUCUGCACCCCGAGUGACAUCCUGAGAGAAGAUGGGAAAAGGCUGCAAGGUUGUGGUUUGUGGACUGUUAUCUGUGGGAAAACUGCAAUUUUGGAGCAACUUCUCUAUGGAAAUCAUACUAUCGGCAUGGAAGAUAGUGAAACAAUGGAAGAUGUGUAUAUGGCGUCCGUGGAGACAGACCGGGGAGUGAAGGAGCAGUUACACCUGUAUGACACACGAGGCCUGCAGGAAGGCGUGGAGCUGCCGAAGCAUUACUUCUCGUUCGCCGAUGGCUUUGUUCUUGUGUACAGUGUGAAUAACCUUGAAUCCUUCCAGAGAGUAGAACUUCUGAAGAAAGAAAUAGAUAAGUUCAAAGAAAAAGAGGUGGCAAUUGUUGUAUUAGGAAACAAAAUCGACCUUUCCGAGCAGAGACAAGUGGAUGCUGAAGUGGCACAGCAAUGGGCGAAAAGCGAGAAAGUGAGACUGUGGGAGGUGACUGUCACAGACCGGAAAACUCUGAUCGAACCUUUCACUUUAUUAGCUAAACUAUCCCAGCCCCAGAGCAAAUCCAGCUUCCCUUUGCCUGGGAGGAAAAAUAAAGGGAACUCUAGCUCUGAAAACUAACCAUCAGAAUCCCACAAUUGCUUACUGAAGAGUGUUGACGUGCUGUAAGAUCAAUACUUAAGA